CAGUGCCGUAAGCCAAUGAAGCAGGAAAGAGAGAGGAAGAAGCAGAACAAGAUGAAGACCAGGAUUUUCAAACAAGAAGAGACGAUCAGAAUGGUUGCUAAGGCUUCUCUCAUACUGGUUCUCCUUGUAAUCUUCUCCUGCACUCUAGUUGCGAUUGCUGGAAUUCACAACCACAACAAUCAAACUCCUAAUGGCUCCACUCUCGCGGGCAUAGAAUUGCCAGAGCAUAUGAGCUUCAAUGCUGUCUCCUCCUCAUCCCACACUGGAUGUAGCCUCAGCAGCUCAAAGAAAACCAAGCAAUCAGAUUCAACCAUGGAAAAAGCAGUGUCCGAUAAUGAAGAAUCUGACGACGACGAGGAUGAAGUAGAUGAUGAUUCUAUGACAAAAAUGAAACCCCAUAAACAAUCUGUGAAGCUCCACCUGAGGCACAGGUCACAGAACAGAGAAUCCGAGCGUAAGAGUUCUGUGAUUGAGUCCACAGUCAGAGACUUGGUCAGAAUUCAGACCCUCCACACAAGGAUUGUUGAGAAAAAGAAUCAAAAUACCAUGUCAAGGCUACAGAAAGACAAGAAGAUCCUCGAAUUCAAGCCAGUUGUUGCUCCGGCAGCGUCGCCGGAGUCUUAUACAAGCGAGCUUUCCGGUCAGCUUCAGGCGACUUUGAAGUCCGGGGUCAGCCUGGGUUCUGGAGAGUACUUCAUGGAUGUUUUUAUUGGUACACCUCCCAAACACUUCUCUUUGAUACUUGAUACUGGUAGUGAUCUUAAUUGGGUUCAAUGUGCACCUUGCUAUGCUUGUUUUGAGCAAGAUGGACCACAUUAUGAUCCUAAAGAUUCCACCUCUUUUCGAGACAUAAGCUGCCAGGAUCCGCGGUGUCGAUUGGUUUCGUCCCCGGAUCCUCCUCAGCCUUGCAAGGCUGAGAACCAAACAUGUCCCUAUUUCUACUGGUAUGGGGACAGUUCCAAUACCACUGGGGAUUUUUCCCUUGAAACCUUUACUGUUAAUCUCACAUCACAUACUGGGAAGGCAGACUUUAAGAGAGUGGAGAAUGUGAUGUUUGGAUGUGGCCAUUGGAAUAGAGGCCUGUUUCAUGGGGCUGCAGGAUUGUUAGGACUUGGGAGAGGGCCUCUCUCCUUUGCCUCUCAGCUUCAAUCACUUUAUGGCCAUUCAUUCUCUUACUGUCUUGUAGAUAGAAAUAGUGACACCAAUGUUAGCAGCAAGUUGAUUUUUGGGGAGGACAAGGAGCUCUUGAGCCACCCAAAGUUGAGGUACACCUCAUUGGUUGGUGGCAAAGAAAACCCUGCUGAUACAUUUUACUAUGUCCAGAUAAAAUCCAUCAUGGUUGGAGGGGAAGUGGUUGACAUACCAGAGGAGACAUGGAAUUUGACACCAGAAGGUGCUGGAGGCACAAUCAUUGAUUCUGGCACCACACUGAGUUAUUUUGCAGAUCCUGCAUACCAGAUUAUCAAGGAGGCAUUUUCGAAGAAGGUUAAAGGAUAUCCAGUUGUAAAAGACUUCCCAUUUUUAGAUCCUUGUUACAAUGUGUCUGGUGUUGAGAAGAUAGAGCUUCCAGAAUUUGCAAUUCUGUUUGCUGAUGGAGCAGUUUGGGAUUUCCCAGUUGAGAAUUACUUCAUCCAGAUCGAUCCGCAAGAGGUUGUUUGCUUGGCAGUGCUGGGAACUCCAAAAUUUGGUCUUUCAAUCAUUGGUAACUAUCAGCAGCAGAAUUUUCACAUCCUCUAUGACACAAAGAAGUCUAGGCUAGGAUAUGUACCAAUGAAAUGUGCUGAUGUUCUUGUUAGAGCAUUGGAAGAGAACCUGUUUUUGGAGACAGAGCAGCCAGCAGUCAGCAGCGGCCUCUCUCCCACAUCCCAAAUGGUUACCUUCAGGUUUCAUCAGUACCAGGUGGUGGGAAGAGCCCUCCCAUCUGAAAAAGAUGAGCAUCCCAAGAUCUACCGUAUGAAGCUCUGGGCCACCAAUGAGGUCCGUGCCAAAUCCAAGUUCUGGUACUUUUUGAGGAAGUUGAAGAAAGUGAAGAAAAGCAAUGGACAAGUUUUGGCCAUUAAUGAGAUAUUUGAGAAAAGUCCAACAACGAUCAAGAACUAUGGAAUUUGGCUGCGAUAUCAGAGCCGAACCGGUUAUCACAACAUGUACAAGGAAUACCGGGACACUACUCUCAACGGUGCUGUAGAAGACAUGUACACUGAGAUGGCAUCUCGUCACAGGGUGAGGUCUCCAUGCAUCCAAAUCAUUAAGACAGCUACCAUCCCUGCAAAACUUUGCAAGAGGGAGAGCACCAAGCAGUUCCAUAACUCCAAGAUCAAAUUCCCAUUGGUGUUCAAGAAGGUUAGGCCCCCAACCAGGAAGCUCAAGACAACAUACAAGGCAACCAGGCCCAACAUCUUUGUGUAAUUUUGUUGCCUUGCGGUUUCCUUUCAUCUGAAAGCUUCGCACUUUAAUUAGCUAAACUAGUUGAACCUAGGAAUGGUGAUGAAAGUUUUACUGAAUUUUGGUUUCUUUCGAGUAUGAACAUUCUUUUUCUGUUAUCCAGAGUGUUUCAGUUUUGAAGAUUGUGGCUUUACAAGUCUAUAAUGAGCUUGGUACUUUGUUUUAUGCUUUUCCUAAACCUUUUGAUUAUGAAGAUUGUGUCCUCCAUUCCA